UCGUCACUCAUUUCCAAAUGGUGAACGCUCUCUUGAAAUCACCAGGCAUGCUCGCUUUUCUAACUUUUAUGACCUUUUGGUCUCUGGCCGCGUCCCAUGUUAUCCCCUCGCUUGCACUUCCUUCAGACCUUCAUUCUCGACAAGCCCCGAAACUCAAGGCUGGUGCGUGGUUGAUGACCUACAAGCCCAGCGGCUCCUCCCAGACUUAUAAAGGCUCUCUACGCGUGACUUCCGAUAGCUCUUCGCUUCAUAUUUCUGGCGAUUGGUACAACAGCACAGCACAACCCAACCCAGCAGAUGGGAUUCCAAUUCUCCCUCGAUCGAAUUACUACGCCUUCAUCCGCGCUACAAAGCUUACCUCUGGGAAUAACCGAGCCUUUACAAUGGGAUUAGAGGCUUUUCGCUUCAAAGGAUUCCAUGAAAUCAAUAACUACACGGUAUGGGAUGACAGCAGCGCCCCCUUGGAUGGAGGCUAUAUUACAGAUCUCUCUCCAACAACUGCACCUACCGGAUAUCCAGAUUCACGUAACUAUUUUGAAGGCGAUAUGAAGAUUAUUGGGAGUGGUUCUGUGGCCGGCCGUUUCACCAUGGGGUGGGUCAAUGAGUAUGUCCGCAAGAUCACUUUGGAAAUUGGGUCCGUGAGUGGGAUGGAAGUACCGAAUAAAGACAUCUCAGGCCAACGCACUUGGAAGAAUAUUUUCAGCGAAGUUGGUUGGGAUAUCAAAAUAGUCCUAGGGAAGACUGACAUUCCGGAGCCUACAAACACAAAUUUGCCGGCAGGCAUGUGGAAGUCCGAGCAACAACAUGCUGCUAUGCUUCAGUACCGCAAGGAGACGGACUUUGAUAAGGAGUGGAAAUACUAUCUCCUCCUGGUGAAGCGCUUAGAAGGAGUCGAAAGAGGCGCCAUGUUCGAUCCAGGUUACGAAUACAAUUCUAUACCCAGAGAGGGAACUGCCGUAGCCAACGAAUGGAUCGUUGGCACAAUCUGGGACGGAACCAACGACACAGGACGUAACUGGGGUACCGCUACCGGUAAAAAAUUUGUUACCGUUCAUGAUGCCUGGUUUCGCACCUGUGUCCACGAAGUUGGCCACUUCUUCAACCUCCAGCAUCCGCCAGAGUUCGUACAGGGUGUAAUGACUGAUACGCAAACGUAUGUAGACGCAGGUCGAGAUGGAUUGACAGCCCAGAAGUUUCCAGAGAAUGUCGGCUCUGAAUCACUCAAAUUCACGGAUUCGGACAAGUUUCUGAUGAUGCAUCGACCGGACUUGUUUCUUCGGCCUGGGUUUGUUAAGUUUGGUGCUGCUGCUCAGAAUAGUGAGCCGCCCGAAGCAGCUCCCUUAAGAUAAGCAAGCGAAUGAUCAUGGUGGAUGGGACACGAUACUCAGCUAGAGUGGCUACCGCGAGGAAUGUGACCUCGACACUCGUCCACACCGUGUCAUAUCGAGGCCAGAAUGCUUGGCAAUUUUGAUGAAAGGCGACUCCACCACGAUAUGAUGCAGGGCAGAGAUUGCUCACCAAGUUGCACGGGGUAUCAGAUCACCCAAACGAUCGGAUCAGAAAGGCACAUGUUCGAACAAUCCCUCCUUCUUCGCUGCAUUUCUCUCUGACUUCUCAUUUAUUUUCGGUCUGUCUCAGCAUAUUUUAUUCUCGUGGGAUUUCGGCGCUACCCGUAGAUCUCCGGACUCACGUCCUGCGUUUAUCGUUUCUUGUGGCACCUUCCCAAUCCACGGACAGUCCUGCAUGUGUGCUUAAUCUAUCAGCGAGCGAGUAACCUUUAGCUUUCCCAACAGUCAUGUUACACUUG